AUGUCAAUGUCAAUAUCAUUCAUAUUUCAUACAAAUACAAGACAAGACAAUACACACUGAUGUAAUAAAAUCAAGAAACAAAAUGGAAAAUAAACAUUAAAAAUAUGAAAAAAACCUUAAAAUGCUACCUAUAAUUUUGUUGCACACCAAUGUCACUCAAGCAUAAGAAUUUACUAGAAAGCAGUUGCCAAUCUGAAUGUUAAAAAUGUCUGGGAUGCAAUGUAUGAGGAGUAACUUCAGAACAAUCCAGCGCGCGGUUCGGCUGGCUGCGGUGCUGGCUCGACGGUCUGUGCACGGCGGCGGCGCGGGCUCGAGCAACGACGGUGAAGGCGGUGAAAAUGAAGGCGAGCGUUUUUCUCGCGCGCGGGCCGUAGCCGGUAUUGCUACAAUCGGCGUAGCGCUGGUGGCUGCCGACCAUCAAUAUAAUGAAAAGAGAUUCUUCAAAGCGGCGCGACUUGGCAAUUUGCAAGAAAUACGCAAGCAAGUGGAAGCAGCCAAGGAGGGUCGCGGACGCGACGGCGGCGGCGCCGACCGGCGGCACGCGCUAGGCUGGACGGCGUUAAUGGCCGCCGCCGCCAACGACCAGCCCGCCGCCGUCGCCGAAUUACUCCGACUCGGCGCGCGACCAGACCUGCAGGAGAAGUACGCGGGCGCGUCCGCUGCCGCGCAACAGCAGGGCUUGCACCCCUUGGAAGCGAUGCAGCGGCGCGAGGACGAGUUCUGCGCGUCCAUGAACUCCCGUGCGUCGUUCCUCGGCUGGACGGCGCUGCACUACGCCGCUUUAGCGGACUCGGCGGGAUCGGCGGCGGCGUUACUCGACGCCGGCGCCGAUCCUACUGCGCGAGAUCACGCCGGACGCCGCGCGCUGCAUUAUACCAAGGAUCCGUCGCCUACGAGAGACCUCAUUGUGGAACACGCCGCCCGUUGGGAAGAAAAGCUCGCCGCCGCCGCCGCGGAAGAACGCCGCAGAUUCCCUCUAGAGCAACGCCUUAAGCAGUUCAUAGUGGGUCAAACAGCUGCCAUAGAAACCGUGGCGGCGGCUGUGCGGAGGAAAGAAAACGGCUGGGCUGAUGAGGAACACCCACUGGUCUUCUUGUUCUUGGGGAGUUCAGGGAUUGGCAAGACAGAGCUGGCUAAACAACUCGCCAGGUACAUGCAUCGUGACGACCCGGCGGCGUUCAUCAGGCUUGACAUGUCUGAGUAUCAGGAGAAGCAUGAGGUGGCUAAACUCAUCGGAGCUCCGCCAGGGUACGUGGGCCACGAAGAAGGCGGGCAGCUGACGCGAGCGCUGGCGCGGCGCGCGGACGCCGUGGUCCUGUUCGAUGAGGUGGACAAGGCGCACCCAGACGUGCUGACUGUGCUACUGCAGCUGUUUGACGAGGGUCGGCUGACGGACGGCAAGGGCAAGCUGAUCGAGUGCAAGAACGCAGUGUUCGUGAUGACGUCGAACUUCGCCGCAGAUGAGAUCGCGCAGUACGGCCUGCAGUUGCGGCGAGAGGCCGAAGCUAAAGCGCUUCUGCGGGCUAAGGGCACCGUCGCCGCGCACGGAGGUAGUGGAGAAGAGCCGCCGGUGCCCGAAGCGGCCUCGGGAGAGACCCUGGAGGUGUCCCGCACGUUCAAGGACAGCGUGGUGCGGCCCAUACUGAAGCGGCACUUCGGACGGGACGAGUUCCUCGGACGGAUCAAUGAGAUUGUGUACUUCCUACCGUUUUCGCGGCAGGAGCUGCUGACGCUGGUGCAACGUGAGCUGCUCCGCUGGGCCGAGCAGGCGCGCGCGCGGCACGCGGUCGAGCUGCGGUGGGAGGGAGGCGUGUUGGGCGCGCUCGCGGACGGCUACGACGUGCAUUACGGCGCGCGUUCCAUCAAGCAUGAGGUGGAACGAAGACUAGUUAAUCAGCUGGCUCUGGCGGCCGAGCGCGGCGCGCUGGCGCGCGGCUGCUGCGUGCUCGUUACCGCCGCCUCUGGUCGUCUCGCGCUCGCCGUGCGCGCACCGCGGCAGACUGAAUACACGCCGCUCGACCUGGCCGUGUAAUCUGUACGUAUACACGACGUGUAGCACUACUAGUGAAUCAUCUGACGCUGGCGGCCGCCUAGACAAUCUCAGUAAGCGCCGUUAGUCCUGACCUGUACGUAUACACGAAGUAUGCGGGCUGGUGAAUCAACUGGCGCUGGCGGCCGCCUUGCGCUCUCCGUACGCGCGACCAGGCAGACUGAAUACACGAGGUAUACCGGCUGGUGAACCAACUAGCGCUGGAAGCCGUACGUGUUUGACCUGGCCAUGUGAUCUGCCCUUUACUGGAGAUAAUUUACGCUGCUCGACCUGCCUGUGACUUGAGAGACUUUGUAAGUGACUUUCCAAAUAUAAAUCAAUAUCCCCUAAGGUAUCGUCGUCCAAAAAAAAGUAGCAUUUGAAAUGAUGUUGCUUUAAAACCAGGGUUUACGAAAACAUGUGUCAAUAAAAAGCCGAUCUACACUGGAGAGACUUUGUAAGUGACUUUCUAAAUAAAAAUCAAUAUUUUGAGGCCCUAUCUUCAUAAAAUGCUCGAACAUUUUAAAUGUUAUAGAAUCAGGUUUUCAUGGCAACAAAUUGAUUCACCAUUUUCAAAAUAUUUGCUUUGUCUCCUGUCAUAAAGCUCGCGCUUUGAUGGAUUUUAACUAUAAAUAUAAUAUACCUAUACAAGCAAAUAUCUUCUUUAUGGUAAGGGACAAAGUGGGACGUUUUGCCCACCGUGGACACAUGGGUACUUUAAUUUUGUUUCUUGUGGGUUUGGCAGGUUACAUUUGUGACUCUUAUACGAUGCAGUGUAGUAUUCAUAAAAUAGGAGAAUUUAUAGUCAAAUGAAAUAAUGUUACCUAUAUACAAUAUUUAUAAACAUAGCAGAAUAAGUUUAAUCAUAUUUAGCGCAAUUUUGUUUUUUCCGUAUGACAUAGUAAUUUUUUAGGUAUAAAAAAACCGGUCACUCGCGUUUUAAGCGCGCUAAUAUCCGGGUGCACACAGAGCCAGGCAAGCCAUGUGCUCGCGCGGCAAACGUCCUAUUAGACAUGCCUCGGCCGAGGCAAGUUACUGGGCUAAGCAAAACGCCCGUGCUGCCUCAGUCGACGCACGUCUAAAUAGCACGUUUGCCGCGCGACAAAAUUGCCUCGCAACGUGCCUAGCUCUGUGUGGAUCCGGCUAAUCUCGAUAAAUAUCUUAAAGACGGAAUAACCCGUUUUAAUUGUCCUGAACUUUUUGCCGUAUAAAUACGAUUACGCGACGGCCAUAGUUUGGCUGUGAACACUUGAUUUAUAGAUCUUAUGAUAAGCCGCGGACAUUGUAAAUUAUUUUAUAGCUGUUGAUAAAUAAAAGGAAUUUGUUGA